AUGAAGGCUUCUAUUCUUCUUCUUGCCGCCUCCGCUGGUGUCGUCCUGGCCCAGCCUGCUUCCCUCGCCGAGCGUGGCUACUCUACAGGUGUCUGUCCCACGUAUGGCAACCCUUUCGAGCCUACUGCUGCGUGCUGUUAUUAUACGCAACGGUCUGGACCAAGCUAUGCUGCUGUCGUCUGCUUGAAGGCUACGAAAACAGAUACUACCGCCGACUUUAAGGAGAACUGCCGUCAAAUCAACCCCACUGCCACACCUCGGUGCUGUCCCAAGGCUGUAAUUGCCUCGGAUGCGAGCGACCUGGAUCAUGACGAUCUCCUCUGUCAAGACCCGAAGGUUGUUAAUUAG